GUCGCCAUCUUUAACUCUCGGGGGAGGAUCAAUUUCGGUUUGGAGAAUGCCGUAGAUAAAGGAUUUUCUAUCGGAAUUCCACCAAUAUCGCCUUUCUUUUGGCUACGUAUAGAGCUAGUAUCCAAAAUGUUCGAAAAGAACCUCACGGAUCUUGUCCGUGGAAUAAGGAACAACAAAAGCAACGAGGUAUAUUAAGAACAGGAAUGAUGCGAUUUCUCCUCACAUGAGCAUUGUUGCUCUCUACACGGACGACGUGGCAUACUGUUCAUUCAGUUUAUGUUGAUCUUAAUUAUACAACCAUAAUCAUUGAGCUCGUAAGGGUUUUGAUGUCGCUUGGAUGGCUAUUAUAAGUUUACAUUUUUGGCAGAUGAGGAUAUGUGAAAAUUAAAAAAUGUGGCGAUCAAUUGGUGAAUUAACUGGUUCAAUUCUUCUCAAUGAAACUCAUUUCAUUCUGGUGUUUGCUUGAUGCCAAAGAAGAUUAAGUAAGAUCCAUGCGCGGAACUUAAAUUAGAUAUCGAUUCUAGGCGAAGCGUGUGUCAGUAGAAUUUCAGUUAUAUUUUACACAAGUCCGAACAAUUUGACUCGAAACGUAUUCCUAACAGGAAGUAUAUUUUUUGUUGAUUUUACAGGCUAAAUAUAUUGCUGCCUGUCUGGAUGAAAUCAAACAAGAAUUGAGACAGGAGAAUGCUGCGGUUAAAGCCAACGCAGUGGCAAAACUCACUUAUGUAAGUAAAACUGUGUACAAGUACAUGAAGCUUUCAGUUUGAUUCCCCUGAGGUAUUGAUUCAACCUUACUCAUUUGUGUAAUGAAAUCUAUUUUAAUACAAAUUAUACUGAAAUCUAUUUUAUUACAAAUCAUGAUUGUUUGUGUCAAUUAUACAUAAUUCGCUUUUUAGUUUAUAUAUGGUAAUGCCCUGUAAUUUAUCUUAAAACAAGAAGUUAUUGAAAGGGAGAUGUUAUUCAUUUGUCACCCAUGAGGAGUAAAGAAAAAUUCUGAGCUUGGCAAGAGGAUUUGAAUUUCAGAUUUCAUGGUUCAGUGCUCUAUUGAAUAAGCUGUAGAAAACUAUUUGGUGACCUAUACCAUAUGAAAGAUUUGUGUACAACAAGGUUCUUGCAUACUGCAAGAAUAGAUCAGACAUAUUCAGGGCAUUGUUACUGUAGAUACUAUGAUUUGGAAAUAUAGUAAAUUUUGAGCUCAGUGUGUAUUCAGUAGUCACAAGAGCGGAACUUAUCAAAAUCUUAGUCAUCCAUGCAGACUAUAGAGAACAUGUUGUUGAGCUUGGUGAUAUUGGUGUGUUUUAUCCAUAACAGGAUAUCAUUUGCACUGAUGCGAGGUGUUAGGGAUAAUUUUCAAUAUAUGCCCCUCUUAGAUAAGUGCCUCUUACCUUGCCCUGUUAUUAAAUAAGAAGUGAUCACGAUUGCUGAAUGAGUUACUUGUGUAGUUGUAGUAUUGCAAGGUAAUUUUGUAUCAUCAACUGAGUUGAUAAUGUAAAUUAGCCACCAUAAAGAGUUUCAAAACAAAGUGUUUUUGUUUUGAAAGUUUUGAGCAUUAGCCCUUGGUCUUUUGCUCUCACAAAAGGCUAACACACUAAGUAUCAGCACUGAAACUCUCUACAGUGGCCAAUUUACUUAAUCAACUCACUUGAUAAUACUCAAUUACCCUGUUAUACUCCCCAUUGAAGUAGCACCACAGUUUCUUGAAGAGCCCUCAAGUACACUACCUGGUCUUCUCCUUUAUUUGAAGUAAAAGUUAAAGGUGCCUGUUCAAAUAUUUAUUUUCUGACUGUUUUCCUACUUUUUGUUCUAAUAGCUCCAAAUGCUGGGAUAUGACAUCAGCUGGGCUGCAUUUAACAUAAUUGAAGUCAUGAGUUCUUCUAAGUUUACAUACAAGGUAUCAUUAUUAUCUAUAUGUAAACCCUAAGGAAUAUAAAUUAAAUCAAUUUGGUUUUGAUUGUAGUGAACAUCAGUUGAUAAAUGUAGGCUGUCACUACUAAAUGUACAGGUACAUAUAGAGUAAGAGACUGAGGUUGUCAAAAUGUCUUAGAUGAAUUUAACCCUUUACCUUCAAAGAUCUUAAUAGUAAUUCUCCUUACUGUCUACCAAACAGUUCUCAUGAUGUUUGUUUGGAGAAUUUAGUAGUGCAUCAACUUACAUUCUCUUAAUUUAUACUUUUCUGUAUUCUCAUCACUGGUCUGUUUGAUAUUGUAUUUAUAGUUUAAGGAGAAAUUCUGUCUUGGUCACUCAUGGGAGUUAAAGGGUUAAGGACUAGAUGAUUGAUGUGGAGAUGUGAUUAAUAUGUUGAUAAUGUAUGUUAAUAAUGUAUCUUAAAGUUUUUUUUCUUUUUUCAGAGAAUUGGUUAUUUAGCAGCAUCGCAAUCAUUCCAUGAAGAUUUGGAUAUCCUGAUGUUAACCACAAACAUGAUCAGAAAGGUGCUGCUAAUGUUUUUUGCAUCAUUUGAACAGCAAUGGUUACUACAAUGGUCAUCCUUAAGGAGUUUACUCACUUUUCUAUAUUUAUUGAUUGGUUGGUAGAGAUUUGAACUGUCAGUGUCAAAUCAAAGUGUUCUUAGUUUUCAAAAUCUCAGAGUAAGGGUAAUUCAAAUUUAAGGCUAAUGUUGCUCUUAAUGCAAUAAUCAACAAUCAUUCACCAAAGUGGAAGUAAAAAGUGGUGGAUAGAAUCUAAGUCGCCAGGUAGCAAGGUAAAUAUCAAUCUCUUUCACCACCACUGAGGUGAAUACUUGUUUCAGUAUGUACUACACAACUACCAAAAAAUUAUUUUUUUUUCUUUCAAUAUACUAAAAAAUGGUUGGAAAUUGAACUUUUAAUGCAAAUUUUUGCACAUCAAACUAUGUCUCAGAUUGUCCAUCCUGGUUGCCACUUAUCAAUUUUAAUAAACUAAUUAUCGUUAUUUUUCAUGAGCUUUUUAUGAAAAAACCCUUAACAAAAAUUCCUGUUUGAGGACCAAAUGUUAUGGUGUGAGCAGGGUCAUACAAAGCCAUAGGGUUCUUCAAGCUGAAAGCUAAGAGGAAAGGGAGAAAAGAAAGAACAUCAGUCCUAUGAUAAAAUGAUUCUUGACUUAGGUGGGUCAGGUGGGUUAGAAAUAUUUUUGGCACUCAGUCAUGACACAAACCCUUGCACUGAACUUUUGCUGAAGCGUCAUGACCUCAAGCCAAAUAUUCUGGUAUUCAGCCCUUCCAAUCAGUCUUAAGUACUUAUUAUUAUUCUUGCAACUUUCAGGACUUGUGCAGCAUGAACAUGUAUGAUUCUGGUGUAUCCUUGUCUGGUUUUGCUUGUUUUGUGACUCCAGACUUGGCAAGAGAUUUAGCUAAUGAUGUUAUGUCAUUGGUGAGUUUUAUAUGAUUAUAGUAGAAUUUUGGUGUAUGCAUUUUGAUGUUGGAACAUGAGAAAUAAGACUAAGAGUUAAAAAAAUUAAGGAAAAAUAAGGUAAUACAUGCAAAGUAAACAACAGUUUGUUUAGAGAAAUUAAACUUAAAUAAUUAUGUGACUUAAUUGUUAGAUAUGUUGUCUUUCAAAUUUUGUACCUCCCCCCCUCCCCACCUCCCCUCCCUCCUUCAUAAACCAUAUGCUGUGUUUCCUGAGAACAAGUUAGCCACAAAGUCAAGUGUCAUUAGAUUUUAUGUCAUUAGGCAAACUUUUUUUGUUAACUUAAAAUUAUUUUUAACUUUUUUUUCAUCAGCUUGUCUCAACUAAGCCUUACAUCAGAAAAAGAGCUGUUUUGCUUAUGUAUAAGAUAUUUCUCAAGGUAAGGGUGUAUAAAUUAAUUAAUAAUUUUCCAUAAAAUGUCAGUGUCAGUUGUAAGCUCUUAACUUAUUGCUAUUAACCUGAAGGAAAAAAAGUUCAUUUGAGUGUAUAAUCUUAAGGCAUAACUGGUCAGGGCUAAACGGAGGGUGGGGGCACCUCUUUCUCUUUCUCAGGAUGCUUUAUCAUUAUGAUUAUUACAAUAAUGAGAAAUUUAUUAAGUACAAAUUGUGGGCUGUAGUUAUAUCUUUGUCUGUCUGCCUGUUCAUUUGUCUGUGUUUCUUUCUGUUUGUCUCUGUGUUUGUCUCUUUGUUUGUUAGUGUCUGUUGUUACAUGUGUGUGUAUUGUUGGUAUAUCUGUCUAUUUAUCUCUUUGUUUUUUUUGUCUAUCUAUCUGUCUGUCUGUUUGUCAUCAGUUGCAUGUAACUUCGCUUCCUGAUGGUCAGUCUUUCUCUGCAUCUGUACUUCUCAGUUUGUUUGUCUUUCUUCUCAUCUAUAGAUCUGUUUCAAUCUAUAAUGCCUGUUUUCCUGUCAGUCUGCCUGCACGAUACUGUGUAUGUCCAUCUUACAGUAUCAAGUCUGCUUUACAUUUUUGAGAGAGCUUAAUAUUAUUUUCACAAAUGUCAAAUUUAGUUUCCUGAAGCCCUAAGACCAGCCUUCCCAAGAUUAAAGGAAAAGCUUGAAGAUGGAGAACCUGGUGAGGUGUUACUACAUUUAAUAACCAUGAUAGUGAAUGUAAAUAAGAGUGAUGUAUAAGUUGAAAACAGGAAACUAUAAAGGACAUGUCAAAGGUCUUGCAAUGAUUUCAUGAGCAGAUAGUAACCAAGUCAAAUCAAAGAGUUGGGAGAAGCUGGGCAAGGGUGGUUUGUUUUUAAGAUAAGGACCUUCCUGGCAUCAAAAUUAACAUCUUAUGAUCUGUAUAAGUUUUGGGGAGAAACUAGUAAUAAACAACUAAUGCUGAUCAACAAUUAAAUACAAUUUUCAUGUAACUAUACUUCAACACAAUCCAAAAUUGCUCUUACUUGGUUCUGCUUCAGAACAUAACUGCAUGAAAUGAAAAUAAUGCUAUCAUUAUGACCAUUUUGUUACAUACAAUGUAGUAUUAGGUUUUAAAAUUAUACUUUUAUGAAAUUAUUUGCCUUGAUACAGGGAUUUGAUCAGUACACAAAAUUCCAUUAAUUUAGCAGUAGAAAAAUGCUGUGAUUCAUGACUGAAUUGGACGGUAGUCACAUGAAAUCUUGUUGUCAUGUUUCAGUGUUUCAUUUUCAUUGGCUGAGAAAAAUGUAUCAUUUCAACCAUAAAAUUACGUUAUUCAUGAUAAAUCACAUUGCUGAGAGCCAAGCAAAUCACAAGAAUUCUCUGUCGGUGAUUUCAUGAUAGAUGUUAUGGGACUGAGUGGAAGUCAACAGUAAAUUACAUUAAUUUUGUGCCAUUCAUCUUGUCUCCACUACAGGUGUACAGUCAGCUGCUGUGAAUGUGAUUUGUGAGUUGGCUCGAAAAAACCCCAAGAAUUACCUAUCACUGGCUCCUUUGUUCUUCAAACUCAUGACAAGUUCCACUAACAACUGGAUGUUAAUCAAGAUCAUCAAACUGGUGAGUAAAAUGCAGAAAAAUAAUUAUAUUUCUUACAAAAGGUUUUCCUUACAUACUGAGUUCAAGGCAAAGUCAGAAUUUUUUUUACUUUUUACCUCAGUAGUUUUUGAUGACUUAAAUGCCUCAACCAUUUCACUUCCAGGAUCUGAUUCCUAAUUCUCCUUCUUUCUACCAUAAAUUUCUUAAUAGAAAAGUUUGGAGAAUCAGGUUUUUUAUCAUGAUAACACCCUCAAGCUGAUAAGAUUACUUCAAGGAUCUGAUCCUUAAUUUUCUCCCUCCUUGCUACUAAACAUUCUUUGUAAACGAGCUAGGAGAAUCUGUUGUUUCAUCAUGGUAACACCCUCAAGCUGUCAAGUCUGUAUGUUCUCAUCAUGUUGUUGAUGUAUUGCUAUUGUGAGAAGAUAUAUCACUCUCAGGAGAUUAAAAGGUAUCUGUGUUUUUGACUGAAACAUUAGUUAUCUUCCAUUUUCUUCCUUUGUUGUAGUUUGGUGCUCUUUGUCCUCUGGAACCAAGAUUGGGAAAGAAAUUACUGGAACCUUUAACAAACCUUAUCCAUAGGUACAUUUAAAACUUUCACCUUGCAUAACUUUUUUUCCUAGUUUUUUCUUUUUUUAAUUUUUUCAUGCAAUUGAGUUUGCUGACUGUGGAGUUGGCAGCUGUAACCACCAAGAAGGGUGUACUAAUCCUAGAAAAAACCUGAAUGGAUUGUAGUACAAAGCCUUAUAAGUGGCAGUUAAGACAUUCAGUUAUGACCUUUUUCAAUAAAACCAGGCUAAUCUCAGAUAUCACUGUUAUCAAUUUUCCCUUGCAGCACUUCUGCCAUGUCGCUACUCUAUGAAUGUAUUAAUACUGUCAUAUCAGGUGAGACUUAGAUUAUGAGUGGGUUAUUUCCAUGAUAUAUAUGCAAAAAAAUGCUGCAUGUACUUAGUACAUUAAAUUCUGUUUGUUUCUAAAUAAUACUUUGAAGAAUUUCUAUUUUAAGUGAAAGAUGAUUUUAUUCAGUGAAGGAUACAGCAAUACUCAGAGAAAAUAUGGAACUCCAAGCACUCACAAUAGAAGUCAAAACCUAAGACCAUCUGAUUAGUACUUUGGACACUUGCCUGUAACCUUUGAUCUAAAGGAAACUCAAAGUAGACUAGGCCAUUUAGCUGGGUCUAUGAUUAAAAAAAACUCAUUGGCGUGCAUACUGCUAAGAUAGGAAUGUCAACAUGUAAUGUUUCUGUGCAAGGAUGAUGUAAAUAAAAAUGGUAAAUUUUUAGCCUGGUGAUUGUUAAGUGAAAGAUGACAUUAUUCAGUCAAUGGCUUGAACUGAAAAUGUACAGGCCCCUUAUUUACUCAAUAUUUUUGAUCAAUUCUUUUUACUUACAGGAUUACCACAACACAAUGCUUCCAUUCAGGUUGGCUAUUCACCAAAUCUUUAUUUAGUAGAUAAGUGUUUAAUCUUGUGACUGUGGUUUUAACUGAGUCUUAACCCUUUACCUCCCAAGAUCUGAUUGUUAAUUCUCCCCUAAAGCUGCUACAUAUUUCUACAAAAAUUAGUCACGAGACGUUAGUAUUUGUGUUAGAUAAGUAUACCUAUAACAAUUUUUAUUUGAUAAAUUUGAGCAUUCUCAUUACCUGGUAGCCUUAUUACCAUGUUGGAUAAUGUAUGGAUAUUUUAGGGAGAAAUUACAUUUAAAUAAAUUCUGGGAGUUAGAGGGGCAUAAUAAAAGAGAAUAAGCCUUAAUAUUACAACUGUAAUCGAUGUAAAUGAGUUAUUUAACUGGAGGUACAUCUCCAAUCAUAGAUGGUGGGGAGAGUACUUUUUUUUUAUUACCCAUGUACUCUCUUUUCCUGAGUUGUUGUAAGUAGUUUUCUGCAGAUGGUGAAUUCUGCUUGUGCCAAAGUAUGUAACAGUUUGGAUUUUGUUUUUCUUCAGUUAUGUGUAAGCAAGUUGCGGAUCUUGAUUGAAGAUUCUGACCAGAACUGUAAGUAAACAAGCAGCCUCGUUAGAAUAAUGGAUCAAUAUCAGUAUAAGAGGAACUGCAUACCUACCACUCCCCUAAGCCAACAACAGUCAACAGAUCACAUCUGAGGGUUGAUUUUAGGUUAGGGGAAGGGUGGGUGCAUGGAUGCUCUGAUAUUGACAUUGAUCCAGAAUAAUUGUGUGCUUCAUUGAAAUGCACCUGACGUCAAUUAAUUUGCAUUUUAUUCAAUAUUUUCAGCACCUUAGCUACGUUUUCCAAGUGGCCUCUAGUUACUAACGUUACUAUUCUGUUGACAGUGAAAUAUCUUGGGUUACUUGCCAUGUCAAAGAUUCUUACAGUCAAUGCAAAAGCUGUACAAGUACACAAGUGAGUGUUAAGAAUUAUUGGAUCUCAUUGGCCCAGAGUGCUGGUUCUGGAAUAAAAUGCCAAAAUGAAAAUGCAUCAGAUGAAUUUUUUCCAUCAGCCUGGAGAGGAGAAUACAACUGCAUUCUGAUUAUAUGCUUUUCUCAUUUAUUUAUUUUGUUUAGAGACAUUGUUCUCCAGUGUCUAGAUGACAAGGAUGAGUCUAUUAGACUCAGGGCUCUGGACCUUAUCGUGGGAAUGGUAAGGAGUUAAUGAUAAUUGAAGAUUUUUUGGAAAUUUUACACUCUUACAGACAGAGUGGAAAAGCCAAAGCAGAAAUCUUUGGCUUUGACCCAUAACCAAGAUGUAAUUUCUCCUUGUUAUAUCAAAACAAUAUCAAAACAAGAAGUCACACCUAAGUCAUAGCAGGGAGUUAACCCUUAAACUCCCAUGAGUGACCAAGACAGAAUUUCUCCUUACAAUAUCAAUACAAUAUCAACCAGAUAAGUGAUGAGAAUAUUUAGAAAAUAUCAAUUUGGGGAUAAUUAGUUGGUCCAAUACUAAAUUCUCUGAACUAACAUUGUGAGAAUUUUAUGGUUGACUGUAAGGAGAAUUACAAAUGUAAUCUGGGAGUUAAAGGGUUAAAGCAUUAAAUGUUAUUUAUUCAGGUUUCAAAGAAGAACAUUAUGGAUAUUAUCAAGAAAUUAAUGGUGCAGAUUGACAAGGCUGACAGCCAAAGUGAGUCUUUAUAGUUCUCUUUACAAAAUACCACAUUUCUCAUCAUUAUUCAGGUUUUGGGUGAUACUCUGUGUUUGCCAGAUUCUUCAAUGACUUUUGUCUUCAUUGUCAACCUUGUCUGAUUUUGUUGCUGUGGCUGUUUUUGAUUUACAGCUUACUGUGAUGAAAUUCUAUCCAAGAUUAUACAGAUUUGCAGUAUGAAUGACUAUCAUUAUGUUACGAACUUUGAAUGGUAAAUAUUGUGUUUUGCUCCUUAUAUUUUAGUAAUUAACAAUGAUAAUUGAGAUAUUUAUUACAAUAUUUUUGAUCUUCAAACUCAUUAUUAAAUACUUUUAAAUAGCAUAGUACUGAUUGGGUCUCCUCACUGUUUGUAGGUACAUUGAUGUACUGAUUCAAUUAACAAGGGUGGAAGGGACAAGACUUGGUAAACAGCUGGCUUCACAGAUGAUGGAUGUCACCAUAAGAGUCAAGGCAAUUCGUCCCUAUGCUGUGCAGUGCUUGGUGAGUUUCAUCUGCAAAAUCAGCAUGUAAUGGUUACUGUUUACCUUCAUUGAUUCUGGGUCAUGAAUUCAUAAGUUUAAGCACUGUCUAGGGAAUGUUUCCUCCAUUAAAUAAAGUCUGCUUACUUACUUUUAAUUUAAAUAAAGUUUGCUCAGAUUUUUUUCAACUGAUUAAUAAGUCAUGUUUCUACAAAUCAUCCAAAGGGUUUUGUUUACCUUUUGCAGAUUGCUAGAUGCACCCCCUGUAUUUGGAAAAGUUCUCUUUACAUUCAGCAAAUACCGGAUAAAUACAAAAAGAUUCACUAUGAUUAUAUCAUUUCAUCUUGAUAAGCAGAUGAGGCAAAAUUUCAACCUUUUUUUAAUCAGGGUCUUUUACCACAUUCCUCAUAGCACAGUGAAAUAGUAUCUUCUCAAAAAUGUUUCAAUUGUCUAAUUUUUCCAGUCUCUAUUACUGGACAACAAUGAAUUACUCUCAGGACAAAUGGAAAAGAACAGGGUUUGUGAAGUUCUUUACGCUGCAGCUUGGAUCUCUGGAGAGUUCUCAGAGUAAGUUUAGUUUCUGAAGUUAUAAAUAUAAUUUAUACUGACUCAGCAUUAGGUCAGUAUGAGAGGAUAUUAAUUAAUUUACCAAGUUAUGGUGGUGAUCUCCUUGAAAAGACCAAAACAGAAUAAGGCUAAAAAUUUAGACAUCUUGAUUGGAGAAGCUUGGUCAUGAACCCUUUACAAAGAAACAUCAGUUUGCAUGUUCUCCAUACUGUUCUCAACACAUUUCCUAAGGGUGCUGACAAGGAGAAUUUGUUUAACAAUCAAUGGCUUCUUUAGUUGAUGAUCAUUUCCUGUAUUAUCUUGACCUUAAUGUUUGACUCAGGGGUGAUGUUUUUAGGAAAAAUAAGAUUCUUGUCACUCUUAGGGGUUAAGGGGCUGAAGGAUUUUGUUUACUGCCAAAUAAUAAUAAAUAAAUAAAUAAUACAUAAUUUAUGAUUGUUACUAAAUAAGUUCACCAAACUCUUUAUGGUUUUCUUAGUCAAUAACAACUGUAUUAAAAGCCUACUGUACAUGUAACAGUAGAUUUGUUGACGCCAUUUUAUGUGAUUAGAAAAAUUAUUUUCCAACCAUGUAGACAUCAUGUCGGGAUAUAAAGAAUAUUUUGCCAACUUUGUUUCCCUGUUGUGACUCUAAUUUACAGUUCAUUUAUAGCUUUGACACUUUGCUGUUGGGAAAGGAAAAACUGAGUCUAUAACUUGCCCUGUAUGGCCCUUGAUAUGAGUCCAUAACAGUUACAUGCUAGAGUAUAUGAAGUAUUGAUGUGUUGUUUUGUUUCUUUGUGAUAUCAGACACUUACCAGACAUCCAUAGUACACUUGAAGCAAUGCUACAAACCAAAGUGACCUCCCUCCCUGGACACAUCCAAGCAGUUUAUGUCCAGAACAUUGCCAAGUUGUAUGCUAAACUUCUUGCCAGUGAAGCAGAGGAGGUAUGUGAUUUGAUUUUAGUGAAAUCCUUUUUCACUCUAAAGAUUGACCAAAUGAGAUUUUCUUUUUUUAGUUUCUCUGUGUUUUUAAGCAUUGUGAUGACAAGAUGAAAGGAAGAUGUCACUUAGAGAAUGUUUUUGAUUGAACACCAAUUUCUUUAAACUAAAAUUAUGAGAAAGUUAUGGCAGAUAGUACAUAAAAUUGUAAGGGGAAGGGUAAAAACUUAAUUCUAGAUUGACAUCUGAGAUUACAGCUGUUUGAGUAGCUGAAAGUUUUUUUUUUUUUUCGGUAAAGCAGGUAAUUAGUAUCUGUUGUGCUGUGUCAGUGCCUAUUUGAAAGACAUAAUCAGUUUGCAAAUUUGAUAAAGAUAGCUCAAUCAUUGUAGCACAGUUUGGGAAACUGAUUUUCAAGUGUUAGCCUUUUUUUAAAGAAAAAUGGGGAAUUGUAGAUUGUGCAUGUGUUUCUCUAAUGGAUUGUGGAGAAGGGAAUUAUGCUAAAUUGAAGCAAGCAAGUUUGAAUUAAUUGAAGCCAUUCUUUUUGAAGCCAACUCCCCAUAUUGAUUGAUGAGUUUUUGUUUAGAAGUUCUGCAAAGGUGUGGUGUGUUUCCCUAUUCUGUGAUUGAUAAAACUGGGUGCUCUUUCACAUGAAAUGAUUUGUUUUGUUUUUAAGGAAGAAGAAGAUGAGAAGACAUCAGUUGGUGGGAUGCUUGUAGAGAGGUUACCUGUUUUUGUACAGAGUGCAGACUUAGAGGUUCAAGAGAGGGUAAGUAGUGUCAGUUUAACCCUUAAACUCCAAGAAGUAAUUUUCUUCCCACCAUAUCCAUACAUUUUCUAGCGAACAGGUAAUGAGAAGACUCAAAAUUAUCAGGUCGAAGUUAAGACCUUGAUCUAACACCAAAUUCUCAUAACUAACUUACAAGGAAAUGUGCAGCAGCUAGAGGAGGAAUUAACAGAGAUCUUGGGAGUUAAAUGGUAACCCACUCAAAACAAUUGUGAGACAGUAUUUUGGUCUUCAGUUUUCAUUUCAGACUUUUUGUUCAGGGGUAGGGUGAGGAGAGUGGGGAAUGACGAGGCUUCAGAUUAUGGGGGUGGGGUGGGGGGGGGGCACAGGAGAAUCUUGAAGCUUUAGACAGGGGCAUGCCAGGGAGGAUGGCUUUUUAAUCAUUAGAAAGGGGGCUUAUAAGAACAUUGAGGCUUUAGAUGGAGAGCUUUCACUUUGAACUUUCACUUUCAAACCUUUCACUCCCACAAGUGACCAAGAUAGAAUUUCUCCUUACAAUAUCAAUACAAUAUCAAGCAGGUAGGUGAUGAGAAUAGAGAAGAAUAUCAAUCGUGGGAUUAUUAGUUGAUCCAAUACCAAAUUCUCUGAACCAACAUCAUAAGAAUGGUAUGGCAGAUAGAAAGGAGAAUUACAAAUUAGAUCUUGGGAGUGAAAAGGUUAAAGAGGAAGGCAUUACAGAGAGUGGCAGCAAAUAGGGCCAUUUACCGUCACUGUGUUGCAGCUUAUCGGAUAUCAUUUGAUCUUGAGUUUUUGUUGUUCAUUUUAGGCCAGCUGUAUUUUGCAACUCAUUAAGUACGUCCUCAAGCUGCAAGGAAAAGGUGAGCCAGUUAUUUGAACUUUUUUUUUUGUUACCAUUAUUCUAUUUAUUUAUUUAUUUAUUUAUAUAUUUUUUAUCACAAAGUUAUUGUAUACCAGGGAGUAGAACGCAAUGAUACUUCCCUUCAUUUGCUUUAUGGAAUAAGGGGUCAAUCAACCUUGUUGUGUGUGGUUACUUAUCAGGUGUUGCUUGCACCGACGAGGUAUCAUCAUUGUUUCGGGGUGAACUGAAUCCAGUCGCUGCUAAAGCACAGAAGAAGGUGCAGAUUCCAGAAGGGUAGGUUGACACUUUCUUGUAUUGUUAUCAGUUCUUGAUAAUUUUCUGCUUUUUAACGAUAUUGUCCUAAUUAAUCCAACUAUUGUUUCUCCAAUGUCUUCAUUCAAAGCAACUCACUUGUCUAACUAUAUGAAAUUUUUCGGUCAAUGUUGAAUUUAUGUCGAAUACAGUGUAGCUUUACAGUUAAACCAUUAUGUAACCGAUAGAAAGCAAUGCCAGAGGAGUGUUAAAAUGUGUUUGUUGUGUCUGGGUGAAUUUUCCACUCCUAAUGCUUCAAAUGGAGGGGGAGGGGUCGAUUCAUACAGAAGUUUUCAAUUGAUGGUGAAAAGGUUAAGUGAAUUUUGUAAUAAUUAAGUCAAGAAAUUAAUUCUUGUUGCUUUUUUAUUUUUUUUUAGGCUUGACCUUGAUAAAUGGAUUAACGACCCUCCAUCAGAAAGCUCAGAAGAGGAAGAGGAGAUCGAUGCAAUAUUUGACACACCAAAUGAACACAAGUAUGACUUGAGACAACUAAGCAAAUUCUCCAUCAUCAGACAACUUUAUAAGAUGAAAGUCUUUUCGGGAUCUAAGCUCAUCUUGGUCUAAAGUCACCGUUUGGUGCCGGAGCUAAAAUAAUACAAAAAGGGUCCUCAGAAAUAAAAUUGGUCUCCAGAAUAAGAAAAAAAGACUGCAUUUUUCAUGUAACACAAAUACAAAUUUGUAACGCGAGUGUAAAUUAUCAGUAGCGUGCGCGCGCUGUCAAAAUUUCGUCUGUCUUGACUUUCUCGUACAAUUUGGUCUAAAUAGGCACUUGUAAAUUUUUCAAAGACUACAAACGGCACGAGCCUUACGGGCUCGUGCAGUUUUGUUGUCUUUGAAAAAUUCAGUCAGAUUUAUGCAUACCAAAUUGUGCUCGAGUUCACGUUAUCGCCUAUAGUAUGCAACAUAGCUGGAAUUCAUUUUUGGUAAUCCAGGCGACCUCUCAAACCCGUUUCUGUUAACCUUAAACAAAUGUUUUGGACAUUUUUAGAGAACUGCGGCAAAAAUAUGUAUCGGAUGAUGAGGAGGAAAUGCAAAAGGUAAUUUUUUUCUUUUUCUUACUUUGCAGUGUACUUUGUUUUGAAUUUUUUUUUCCUUUUCGUGCCACAUAUGACGUUGGUGCCAUCCUGAUGCCAGUUCUGUUGUAUUUUUCAGAGACGUGAACAGAGGAAACAGGAACAAAUGAGUAAUCCUCAUUAUCUGAAGAUGUCAUCACGGGAGGAGAGGAAGGUAAAAUUAAAUGGAUAUCAAUGUUAUGUGUUCUUGUACUAGUUUAAAAGCCAACAGAUCAGUUUGUCUGACUCUUCAAAGUGGUUUGAUAUUCGAUGACUUCAUGAUGGUGCGUGUCAUCAUUAUCGUGGUCUGCUUGGGUCUCGUUGUGCUAGAACGUGCACCAUUCACUUCUAUUCAUUGUAAAUUAAUUUGGUUUUAUCAAAUGAGUUGCUUUAGAAACCCUUAACGGUGGCUAAUGUACCCUAGGGAGGUUGAGGAAACCUCGACGGCAACGGCAAUGAAAAAAGAGUUUAAUGAGCGGAACAAUGGUUGUGCACGUGCGUUAUAAAUCUUUGUAAAUUUCCUGGCGUCUUCUGCAAAACAACAACGUGAAAUGACUAAACUUUGCGUUGUCUGGAGAACGUGAACGACGACGGCUAAUUGUUUUUUAAUUUUCCAUUUUUAAUUUAACGCUGUGUUCCAUAUUCAGUUUCGAAUCGUUUUGAUAGCGAUAAAUAAAAUUAAUGAACUAAGUGUAUCGCGAGAUUCGUAGGUAAAAUAAACGUUCAUUUUUUAAACGUUGUCGUUUCUCAGACUCCUUCUUAGGGACCUUAAGCAAACCACGACGGCGAUAGCAACGAGGACAUGGAAAAACAAAAGAUCUAAUUGACAGAACAAUAGCUCAGCACGUGCAUUUUAAAACUUUGUCCAUUUCUUAGCCGUCCCAUGCAAAACAAUAGCGUGAAAUCACCACAGUUUGCGUCGUCUGCGAACCGAAACCGCGACGGCAAAUUCUUUUAAUUUCCAUUUGGAACUCGACGCUUCUUUUAUACGUUAUGCUGAAGUUGAGGUGUGGCGCCGUAUGAGACGGUAAACACAUGCAGCCCUUUUUGAAAUUCUAAUUAAAGGCAGAAAUUCAUUUUUUAAUCGAAGUCUUCCUUGGCGUUGCCGUCCUGACUGCUCAAGGUCCCUAUCAUCAAGGAGUGGGAAUGGGGAUAGAGCAGUGGUGAGAGCGCUCGCCUCGCACUGAUGUAGCCCAGGUUCGAUUCCGGACCAGGGUCCCGUUUGUCGAAAGUCGUGGUAACUUAUCGGGCCCGAAACCAUAUUUGGAAGUCAAAGCCUUUCUGUUUCUUUGGCUUAUAAUUUUAUUUUUCAGCAAAUUGUUUGAGUUUCGCCUUACGGCCCCUUUUUGGGGGCACAGCCGCUUAUUAUGUCAUCGUCAGCUGCUCAUGGUGAAAGUUAAUAAUAUUAAAAACCCCUGCUUACCCAUAUUUCUUUUUGCUCAGGCUAAAAAGAAAGAAAUGGCAGUAGAGGAUAUCCCGGUCGCUAACCUUGACUUACCUGUGUCACUCAAGGUGUCAGGAGGUAGGAUUCUUUGCUUACAAACAUGAAAUGAAUAGAGUAAACAUGAAAAUAAAAUCUUGAAUAGUAAAAAGCCCAAGAAAUCAUAAGAUUGACUAAAAUGAUGUAACUUCUUUACAAGGUUUUCGGGAUUUUUACUGAGAUUAUGAACAGCUCUUCAAACAGGAUCCAUAAUACAAAUUACACCUAGCCUGCGGAGCAGGUGUGAAUUUGACGAGCAAGUACUCAGUAUUUUCUUGGUGAAAAUUAUGGCGGCCAUCUUUGAUUCUUACUUCAGCGGAAGCCCCGGGGGAAGAAAGAUAUUUGAACCAAGGGGGUAAGGGAUGGCCAAAAGGAAAGAGAGGGAGGGGGUUGGUGGGUGGGUCUUUCCCCGCCUCCUUCCUAACUGUUCUCUCUAACUCUCAAUCAAAUAUGGCCGGCCGGGUGAACGAUCGCGAGCCUGUAACGGUAACUCGUCCCAAUAAGGCGGCUGAACUGCAGGUUAACCUUUUACACCCUAACAUCAGUAUUCAUAUUCUCCAUACUGUUCUCUACACGUUUCCUUAAUUGCUGACAAGGAGAAUUUGUUUAGCAAUCAAUAGCUUCUUCAUUUGAUGAUCAUUUCCUUUAUUCUCGUAACCUUAAAGUGUGGCUGUGGGUGAUAUUGUGAAGAGAAAUUAGAUGUUAGUCACUCUUAAAAGUUAAAGGGUUAAAUCAAACCCAAAAUAUCUCUUCAAAUUCUGAAGUGUCAAUCGCUUGACAUGAAGUUAGAACUGACUUAACUCUCACAAAAUGGUUUAUAAAGGAACUGGUCUCCAUCUACCACUGAUAAAGUCUUUUUUUUUCUGCUUCCCCUUGAUUUAACCUCAAAGUGAAUUUCCUCUUUCUUUCCCUUCACUUACUUGAAAUGUGUUGUCGGUUAGGUAUGGCACUUGACAAGAAAUACGCUUCUGCUAAGAAGUCAAAGAAGAGAAGAAAGAAAGGUUUGUAUUUUUGUUGUUGAUUUUCUUCUUGUGGGCUCUGGCGGAAAAAUUCAACGCAGCUCGCAAAAUAUUCUCGCGUACUACAUGUGAAACCAUCAAAUAAGGGGUUUUUAACAUCUCUCUCUGUCAUCAGGUCGCAAAGGAAGUAGGGCAGAUGAAGAAGAACCAGAUCUUGGCAUCUCGUAUGAAGUACUCCCAGCCGGGGCUGGUGAAUUACCUGAAGUAAGAUUUUUGUUUUAAAAUGUGCCAAUUCACUAUUUUGAAUUAGCUAAAUUACACUUUAACAAAGUCUCACUUUUGUAAUGGAUUGAUCUUCGAGUUCUUUGAGUUUUUUGGCUUUGCUGCCAUGGUUUCCCCUCUCUUCUCCUUUUGCCCCACCCUACCGUACCAAGCCCUCUUUUCGUUCCUUUCACUGACCUAUUCAAUGUCGGUUUCUAAAAUGCGGGCCUUUGACCCGGCGAGUGGGAUUCUAGGCUGUGGGGGUAUAUUCUACAUGAUGCACCAGGAGCCCAUUUUCUAUUUAAGCUAAGCUGCUAGCUAACGUUACAGUGUGUUUUUUUCGGUUAGGGAGCUGAUGAUUCAGAUCAUGAAGAUAAAGGGAAUGACGAGGCUCCCGCAAGUGACCCCCACAAACUGUUGGAUGUCGACCUCAGCAAGUAUGUCGGUCCCUGUCUCUUAUGAUUCUAUUGUUGUAACCCUUUGACCCGUAGGAGUGAUUCGCGUCUCAUUUCUCCGUACAAUAUCACCCCUGAAUCAAACAUUUAGGCCACAAGAAUAAAGGAAAUGAUCACCAACUUUUGAUUGAUGAACAAAUUCUCCUUGUCAGCACCUUGGAAAAUGUAUAGAGAACAGUAUGGAGAAAAAGCAUACCGAUGUUGGGGUUUAAAGGGUGAAAGAAAUGCAUAAGUACGUGCAUGGACGCGUUGAUCGAGAUUAACAAGCAGUACUAAAUACUCUUCCAGUUUAGUCACUUACGCAUGAUUCGAACACAAACGUGUUAUGUUCCCAACACCUACUGUUGGCCUCACUUUAUUUUUCGUUUUUAUUUAUAUAUAUAUUUAUUAUAAUCGCACAAUUAAGUGUCGCGAAUUUUUUUUAGAAGAUUACAAAGACAAAAUAAAAAUUUAAAAAUGCUUUUAUUUCCAAUUUAUCUGUAGACCUCUUGAAGCACACGAAGCACUGCCCGUUCGUCAACACCGAGUUGUAUUAGAAUCACAGCAGGUUGAUGGUGAAGAGAAUGAGGUCAGAAGUGAAACUUAGUUGUAAUGGUCCACCAUAAUCUAUCUAGGCAAGCUAGGCAAUUACACCUUUUACAUGAUUUUGACUUACUCUACUUUCACGUGAGAGAAAUCAAAGCAAACUACUGGGAUUCGACAGAGCAACCUUGGGCUAAUGACAUAUUUUCAACUUUAGGAAACCCCCAAGAAGCAUGGUAAGGAUAAGAAACACAGACACAGAAGGGACAGUGAAGGAAAAAAGGUUUGUCAGCGGCAUGUGGUUGUUGAUAUCUAUUUGCAAAAGGAUGAAUCCAUGAUGAUUAUUAAUUCUGUGAAAAUGUCUUUGUUAAUUUUUUGUUGUGGUUGUUGUUGUUUAUUUUGUUCCUUUGUUUGUUUGUUGUUUUGUUUUGUUUCGUUUUGUUUUUUCAAGUAAACGCGCUUCAAGACGCGCGUUUCUCCGCCCGCGGGAAGAUUUGAAACGAGUCGAGGAGAGGUUUCUUCGGGGUCUAGCGCUCUUAUUAGUGCUGAUAAUGAAGGCCUUCUUGUAAGCUAUCUACUUGUAGUCAUACAUGUUUCAUAGAAUGAGCUCAUAUUGUACUUUUGAAAAUUAAAAGAAAUGCUUUAUUAAUGUAUUAUUAAUCGUCCCCCAUCUAUUGCGUCAGGGUAAACACAAGCAUAAGCGGGGUAAAGAGGACAAAGAUAAAAAGUCAAAACACAAGCAUCGACACCAUCGUAAGGAUGAAGGUACUUUUGUUCAAAUUGAAUAACUUCACUUAGACAGAACCCUUCAAUUACUUCUUCAAAUCUAAAUUUGUUGUCUGCUUAUAAAGCUGCUCAAUUAUAUUCAUGAAGUACCUAGGAUUGCGACUGUACGCGGGAGACGCAGUGACUUGGUUCUGAGUGCGAUGGACUCUGAAUAGAGAGGUCUGGGUUCGAGCCAGGACGGGUCAAUGUUUUAUGCUCCUACGCAAGAUAUUUCACUCUCACAUUGUAUAUUUAUACCCACGAGUAUGAAUAGGUACUAGUAGGUUGUUAUGGAAACCUAAAAAAGUGCAGGGAUGGGGUGUGGGGACGGGAGAUAGGAACCUUGACAAACCUUGUGAUGGAUUUGUAGCGUCUGGCUCAUAAGAAGAUUUCACCUCUGUGGUGUAUCGUUAUGUCAAUGUCUGGCCUGAUGUAAUAGUACUUAACUAACAAAUGAGUGAUAUCGUUUUUGGAGAAUUAAUUCUACGAUUUCUCUUUCCAAUGAGGUACAGAACCUGAUGAGGAUAAUCUGAUGUUUAAUGGAGAAGUGGAUCACGUUGAAUCACCAUCACGAGAUGAUUCUCAUCAAGAAAGUGAAACAACAACUCCCUCGAAGGAGAUAACAGAAGUGGAGGACUUUAAACCUUCUGCGGAUGAACCUGGUGAUCCUCAGGUGUAUACCCUAAACCGACUUAGUGAUCUUGUCCACCUGCACAUGCUUGCUGUUAACUUUAAUCCACGAGCAAGCCCUCAGUGCUAGGGCUGCAGGACGCGCGUAUCUCCGCCCGCGGGAAGAUUUUAGACGAGUUGAUUAUCAGCGCCAGAACCGUGACAGACCUCUCUCGCGGGCUCGCAUUGCUUAAGGCCUCAUACUUUACACCCUAAGAUCAGUAUGCAUAUUCUCCAUAAUGUUUUCUAUACAUUUCCUAAGGUGUUGACGAGGAGAUUUUGCUUAACAAUCAAGAGCUCCUGUACUUGUUGAUCAUUCUCAUUAUUCUCAUGACUUUAAUGUGUGAUUCAGGGCUGAUACUGUAAGGAGAAAUUAGAUGUUAGUCACUCUUAGGGGCUAAAGGGUUAAUGUUGACACGCUCUUUUCAUCUUCUGUAGUAAAAAUAUUUUUUUAUCUGUGGCAUCUUUUAACCUUGAUAUCAUUUACCUCAUGGUAGGAUGAUAUGGAUUUCUGGCUUUCCUCGACUCCUCAAAAGAAAUCUUCCCCUCAGGUAAGCUGUGUAAUUUACGUAAUAUUUUUGCCACCCUGAAGUGAAGAACGAUUAUUUGUUAAAGUUAUUUUAUGUUACCCACUGGUUUGUGGAAAAACUUGAUCGACUGAAUCAAGAUUGACAGAUAGCUUAACCGAUGGACUGAUCGAUGUGCAGACGACCCGACAGACAGACGAACGGGUUGGUUGGCUGGCCGAUUGAUCAACUGAAUAACUUACUGAGCUUUGCUGGUGGACUGACUGAUAUACGAACGGACAGACAGACGCACAGUUUGACGAAAGGACUCACUGACUGACUGACUGACACAGAUCCAUGGACUAUCAUUCUGUCAGAUUGAUCAACUCACUGAGUCACUCACUGACUGACUUACUGUUAAGCUGGCUGACUGAUUGACUGACUCACCGACUGACUGACUGACUGACUCACCAACUGACUGACUGACUAACUCACAGACUGACUCACUGACUUACGGACUGACUGAUUGACUCGAUGACUAGCUGACUGAUAGACUGACUGACAGACUGACUCACUGACCAGCCGUACUGAAUCACCGACUUAUUAGCUAAAUUAUUGACUUACUCACUGAUUGAUUGAAAGAUUUAAUGGUUUGAUUGCUUGAUUGACUCAUUCUGUCACCAGCCUGCGGAAGUAGCCCCAACGCCCUCACCAGAUAGUGCAGCAGAAGAAACAAGAAAAGAAGAGAAAUAUGCGAGGCAAUCUGAGGUACAGAGUUUGUAUUCUUCAUUUUAAAUCCAUGUCAAUCUUCUCCAUCCGUGGUUUAUUCCUUUAGUUUUUGUUACUUGAGCAACAUAGCUAGCGUUGUGACUUUUUUUUCAUGUAGCAUUCUAUCUUCAAGGACUUGGUUAGUGUAUUCAAAGCUAAUACGAAAUGUUUUUUCUUCUCUCUGUCUCUGUCCUUAGAAAUCCGAGACUAAACAAUCGAAACGAAAACACCGCAAGGAUAAAUCGGAGAAGAAAGAGAAGCAUGAAAAGGAGAGAAAGAAAGAAAAGAGAAAGGGGAAAACUGGUGAGAAGCCUGAUUCACCCGAGACCGCUGCAGCUGAACCAGAGAACCAGUAUGAACCAACAAUCACGGAGUUGGAGGAAGAGAAGAAGCAGGUAAGAUACAAGGUCAUCCUCUACCCCCCAGCCCUACCCCCACCAAAUCAGUGUAUGAGACGCCCCCCCCCCCCCCCAGCCCUGUAUGCGACUCACACAUGGACAUUCCCCUGUGUGCGUGUAAUUUUUCCCCGAAACGUUUUUUGAGUUCAAUGUUUUUAGUAAGUUUCUUAUUCAUGUUUGUGUUUCAGCCCGUCAUCACAACUUACAAAGUUCUUGCCGAAAACGGCUCUCUUAGACUGGUAAGGAAAUAUAUUCAGUUUCUGAUAUCGUUGGUUUUUUUUUUGUUUUGUUUUUUUGGCAUUGACAUAAAAUUUUUCAUACAAGAAAGAUUUUCCUGGAAAAGUAGCAUUACAUUAUACAUUUAUUUAUCUGCUGACAAGGAGAAUAUGUCUAAUAAUCAAGAGCUUCUGUAGUUGUUGAUCAUUUCCUUUAUUCUCAUAACCUUGUAAGGAGAGGUGAGAUGCUUAUCACUCUUUGAAGUCAAAGGGAUUAUUUGAGUACAUAUGAAGAGGGUGGGUAUUAUAAUUUUGAAUUUAUGGAUUCUUUGUUCUUACAGAUGUACGAGACAAGAGUGACCACGCAAAAUCGAAACCAAGUAGUAGUGUCCGUAAUAUUCAGGUGAGUGUUGUCUAGAGAUGUGAUCCACAUUUAUCUUCUCCUCAAAAGCGCUGUUCAUUGUCUACCGGGCAGGUGAUGGGUAAAACGAAUUUAUCAACAAGAGGCCGUCAGCGUGAUAUGUAAUGGAAACUGAACUGAGUGGAAUGUAAUUUGGUCAGGAAUCGUAUGGGUGAUGUCAAAAUCGCACGAGUUUGAUUUGAAAUCACAAGUAUGAUUUCAGAUCAAAAUUGCACGACACAAAGUUCAAUCACCAUUGUAUUGCAUCCAUCCAAAAUACAAUCGCUCAGAUACAGGUUUUCUUUUUUAGUCUGUACAAAUGUUUUAUUGGUCUAGUAGUGAGCUGGUUUGUAAAAAGUUACACAAGUUGUUUUUCAUUUUCCUGCAAUUAGAUUGGCUUCUUUAAACAACCUUUAAAAUCUGAUUGGUUGUUUUAUUUAAGUGAAGCUUCCUCAUUGCUUGGGAAAAAGACGCAAUUAAGUGCCAAAAAGGGUGGAGGGGGGGGAACUUGCAUCCCAUCAAGGGUGGUGGUGUUAUAUUCCUAGUCACUGGGGAAACUGGGAUAAGCUUCGGCUGGAUUAACCCUUUACACCCUAACAUCAGUAUGCAUAUUCUCCAUACUGUUCUUUAAACAUUUCCUAAGGUGUUGAAAAGGAGAAUUUGUUUACCAAUCAAAAGCCUCCUUCGUUGAUGAUCAUUUUCUUUAUUCUCUUGACCUUAAUGUGUGAUUCAGGGCUGAUAUUGAAGGGAGAAAUUAGAUGUUCGUCUCUGUUUGGGUUGAAAGGGUUAAACGAUUGGCUCAAGUACAGACCUUUACUUUGUAGUGGAGCUAAGUGGCCCAUCCAGCUUAAGCUAAUCUCGGUUUCUCUGACAUAACACACUUAGAGUACCAUCUCUUCCACUGAAUGGGAUGGCAGUUUCUCUUUUGAUUUCCCUCUACAAAAUCGAAAGAACCACACUUUACUUUUUGUUUUUUUCCGAAUUUAUGUUCACAGUAAUUUGUCGGAUCGUCACAUCAAGUCCAUGGAAUUUAAUGUAUUAGAUUCACUUAAUACUAAGCUGAUACGUCCGGUGAGUUACUUUUCAGAGGUCCCUCUCGUGUGUAACCAUCUCUUUUUAGCGUUGCUAAAUAUUAAGCUCCUGAAAGUCAAUUUGGCCCUUUAAGAUGUGUUGAAAUUAUCCGUGCCACAAUUCGAGUUUUGUGCAUCAUAGUACUUAAACACCUUCAUAAAAGAAGACACUGUUGUUAAUUUGGGAGUGUGCCUAGUGGAAGAACCGUCACCACUGUUGUUCCACCUAGUUGACACACAAUCUAAUCUAAUUACAACUUAACGAUCAGAGGUAAAAUUUACGAUGAACAAAAGUAUUGGCGGGAGUAAAACUUGUUGCACUUUCCUUAGAGAAGCGUUUGCGUUCUUACGAGAACGAAUAAAUUACUAAACAGUCGUUUCAGAGCUCUGGAGUAAAAUGAAAGUCUUAGUUAAGAUUUCAUGGUUAUAUAUGCCAGUGUGUACUGACCGUACUGGCGCUCUGUUACAGAUCGGAUCUUCGUCACGCGACAGUGUUCCAGUCCCUUUUCACCUUUUGCCAGGUAAAUGUUCACUUACACCUGAUGAAUGUCUUUUAUUUAUGCAACAGACCACACUUUCUUUCGGUUACCAGCGUAAUAACCUACGCGUGGUGUUGUGAGAACACGAGAAAAGUUUGUAGAUCACGAGCCGGAGGCAAUUCAUUUAAAAAACUUUUCGAGUGUGUUCCUUGGACGGAAACUCUCUGAAUAAUGGUGUCACUGUGUCAUUGUGAUGUAUCAGCCAGUUUUGCUUCUUGUUUACACUCAAUAUUGUUUAUCUUAUAGAAUCGUCAAAUGAAGGACAGUUUGCCUUCACCGUAGAGAGCAUAGUCAUGGUGCAGAAACUGCGAGGAACACUCACUUACGUCAUCAAGGUACUUUAUGAUAACAUAUCGUGUCGGGGAGGGUGGGGGGACUUAGUUGUGGAAAGGGAGGAGUGGGCAAGUCGAGGGAAGACCACUUGGAUCAUUUUACAUGGACUUACUGGUUUAACGAGUGUGGGACAAAGAUAAAAAAAUCUUUGUUACUAACAAAUCUUAAUUUCUCACCUUUUUCUUCAUCCGCCUAUGAUAUCCAUUUUGCAGGACGACGAAGGCUCCACGAGUGAAAAGAUGGAUUUUUCGUUGUUUUUACCUUGCUCUUCAUUUCUGAUUUCUACGCCGUUGUCUAGGUAUGCGUGCGGUUUUUAUUGUUAUUUGUUUUUUCCAGUUUUAAUCAAUUCAAUCCUCUUUGCCAGUCUGAUGUUUUUUCUUAAAUCACUCUUUGUGAUGUCGUUCUUCUGUUUAUCCUCAGCACGGAUUUUACGAAUCUUCUGGGAAGUGGAACUGUUGUUCACAAGGGUUCUGUUAAGGUUUGUUAUUUUUUAUACAAUCUCUUGCCGUAAAAGUCUAUCCCUGACCAUACGGGGCAUAAAGAGAUGGAAGGGGCUGGGAGACUGGAUACUACAAAAACAUGAAAGAAGAGACGACUUGGAACCAUUCGAGGUUAUUGUUUGGGUCAACAUCUUGAGGAUGAAAUAUUCGUUCUUUGUGGUUCUUGCGUUUUCCCUUCUGUUUGGAUCGCCCAGCGUUGACGUAACGCGUGAAAAGUUUGAAUGAGAUUUAAAAGCGCGAUUAGCAGUUGAAGAUAGCUCAAGAAAUGACAGUACGUGAACACAUUUCUUUUGCUACAUGCGUAGGAGUUAUAACAACGGAAAAUAAAAACUUGGCGGUGACAAAACAUCUACAUGAAGCUUAUAACCUAAGUAAGCUUAUUCUUUUCAGAGCCUGUGUCCGCGCCUCGAAAACGUUUGAGUGAAAAUCCUUUUUUUUAAUUGACGUCAAUAAUAAUAAUAAUAGUGAUGAUCUUUAUUGAGGAAACUUUUUCACAAGAAGAGGUUUUCGAAAAGGACCUGGAUGAUUAAGACUAAAAUAUAUACAUAAAAUUAAAAGGAAAAAAGGAAUUUUAAUCAAGAUUUAUGUAUUUUGUUCCAUCUCGUCUCUGAUCAUUGUUUCCUUCGCUCUUUGUUUCCCGCGCCCAGAUAGAUAUCCUGACCCGGUGAAGUUGUUGUGGUUUUUGCGCUUUUUGCGCUUAGAAGGGAUGAACCUUUCCGCAAACUGUGUUGGCUCAUGAACUAGACUUGUAAUCUCUUGUUAAUUUGAUUUGUCUAGAAGAGAAAGAAAAGUUGUUUGUUUGUGGCUUUCAUAAAUAACCAGAUAUCCGAUCUACAAGGUUUUUCAAUGUUUAAUUCAAUUUAUGGCAAUACUCAAUGAAUACGAAAAAGAAGCGGUUUUUUAAAACAUUUAACGAUAAAAAUUGCGAUAAAACAUUUCGUAAAAGCAUAUUAGAAAUAUUUUGACGACGUUUCGACAAUUGGCUCAAGUCAGAGUGAAAGAUAAAAAACGUUCAUUUACUAAAAAGACAAUAGGUAAUGGAAUGUUCUUUUAAACAAAGAGUAUGGCGCGAAUGGAAUCAGUCUGCGUGUUGAGACUAGGAUGCGCUGCUUGAUGAAAAUCAUCUCAUAGACAAGACAGUCCAAUUUUCCUUGGCACUUUUCACUUUUAGCAUUCCAUUACCUAUUCUCUUUGUAGUAUUUAAACAUAAGUUAUCUUUCACUCUUUCAUCUGAUAAUGACGUUAGCGAAACGUCGUCAACAUAUUUUUAAUAUGCUUUUACGAAAUGUUUUAUCGCAAUUUUUUAUCGUUAAAUUCUUUAUGAAAUGGCCUAAUUUCACUCUUGUUCUAAACAUCAGCACCCAGUUGUUCAAAGGCUGAUCAACGCUAACCCAGGGUUAAAUUUCAAUCCAGGUUUCUCUAUCCUUUUGUUCAAAGCCUUUCUCGCAUAAUUUUCCAUAUUCUUUAAAGGGCAUUUAAACUUCAAAUUGUAAACGAAAAGAAUUUGAUUGAAUGUCCUUUUAUGGACUUUAGAUCUCAAAUCAGAUUUCACACUAAUCCUAGGUUAUCUUAAUCCAGCUUUGAACAGCCCGGUCCAGUUCUUCAUAUUGACUGCCAUACUUUUGUGUUACUUUUUGUUUGAGAAGGUGUUGUUAAAUCAUACAGUACCCCUUUGAUGAUAUUUUUGUUUCUUCCAAUGACCUUUCUGCUCGAAAAUGCGUCGACGUUUUAAGGUAUCAUUUGGUCACCUACAAAAGUGAGAAGGGUUCCGCCAAUUGUUCUAGUCAGUUCCGGCUACAGAAGAUUUGUGGAGAUUACGUCGAGAAUUAGGAGGUAUACAGACGAUGGAAUUCAUUAGAACGUUUUUUUUUUUUUUUUUUUGUAGGUUACUACACCAGAGACAACAGCGUUCAGUUCAAUCAUCACCAAGAUUUGCGUUCUGUUACAUUUUGCAGGUAACACUUCCUUCUCAUUAGCCUCGCACGUAAUUCGCUUGACACGCACGACCCUUGCGCGGGCGCUGCACGCGUGUUCCGCGGGCGCUGCACACGUGUUCCACGCGCGCCGUGGAUCACGCUCGACGCGCAAUGACACGCUUCACUGAUACGGAACUCUGCCAACUUCCGUGCACUUUUCCCGUAAACAAGUAUCGACUUAAGUUGCAACUGAAUGCAGUAGCCGGUGAGAUGUUAUCGCGAAUUGUUUGCCCAGGUUUGAGGCCGGAAAAAGAAUCUUCAUUGUUUUCCGCAGUGUUGUGCAGUAUUUCAAGAAACAGACUUUUGAUUUCUUAACGUCAUUCUUCAUGUUUUUUAACGAGACAUCCUGUCUAAGAGCUUUUACGCGAUAAAGAUCUUAUUACAGUUGGAAUCUCCCUUAAUUGUUAAGCUCCUCACUGCAAGAAGAAGUGUUAGUACUGAUGUUUUUACUCCAUAAAAACUAAGACCCACAGUUGUAAUUUACUGUGAGAAGAUGAUAUUGCGCAAAUUUUUUUUCAGAGGGUUUUUCUUACGUUAAAUAACCAGUAACCUCUAGGACGUGAUCUCUCUGAAACGUUUACUAAAAUCAUUCUCAAUAUUCGAUGUAAGAUUUUGUCUCUCUACAUGACUAAGAUCACGUCAAUAUUAAUAACAUCCAGAAUCUGAAGUGGUCACGUUCGUGAUUUUCUGAGUUACUUUGGCCACGUUUUCCUUCACAGAAAUUCCGCGGAAAUGUCAAGUCUGCAAAUAGUUGGAAACAAUUGCCAGUAGCGUUUAUGAAAGCCUUUAUUUUCCUUGUUUUGACUGCCUUAAACUAUUUUGAACUAUUGUUAUUUUUGUUUAUUGUCAAGGGUCGGAAGGUUACAAACAGAUGUGAAUUAGUAGUCUUUCAAAUUACUUUACGGAGAUUGUUUAUAUCUGCUUUGCGCAAUCUGCGUGGAGGAAACAUCUUCAGGUGUUUCUUGAAAUAUAAUGGAAAACUGCCAGCAUAGUUGUUGUUUUGUCGGUGCAGACACUCGGUAUAUUGACUUACGUUCCACCUUUCUUGAACAAAGAGCUUAGUUACAGCGUGGUAUUGUUUCAAAAUCGGUGGUUGUAUUGGAAUGGUUAAAAAUAAGUCGACAAAAUGGUUUUGAAAAACUAGUCGAAACUUUGGAGAUAAAGCGAGCGAAAAACGUUGUGUAUUUCGGAUUUUUGUCAGCCAUGUAGCGAAAACCAUACUUUAAGUAGAAGAUCUCUAACAGAACGCUCAGAAACGGACGGCCCAAUUUAUAGCCGCCUUGAGCAGAUCCAUUUUUUUAGAAUUCCCGUACAAUUUCUGUAUGUAAUUAAUCCUCUGAGCAGCCAGCCUCGUUUCUUGCAGGAAACCUUUUAACAGACUUGACUUCCAAAAGUGGUACUUGCUUUGCAAAUCGAACACGCUUUGUUGUGGCGUAAUUCAGCCUUACAUUAAGCAAUGCCGAAGAAAAGAAUUGGUAAAACUCUCCCUAAAAUUUAAGUUUGAAUCAUGUCUUUGUUACUUCUUUGUGUCUAUCAUUCAUGUGGAGUUAAAGAGACAAAUACAAAUCUCAGUAUCCUUCCUUGACAGCCAUAGGCCAAAAUUAUUCCGUUUCAAGUUUAAAAAUCGUAUCCCGUUAGGACGACUCAUUCCUUUAUUAGUUAUGUAGAGAGAAAUAUGAAUGAAAACUUUUGCAAGCGCCAAGCCAUCGAAUUUUUCAGCGCGGCCAGUUGUGACGCUCACAUGCAUCAGCGAGUGUGAUCUGGCUUUGAACCUCAAAUAAGUCUUCGAACAAGUUGCUCGUUCACAUUCGGAAUGUUGAUUACUAAAUGUAACUCUUUGGUUUUCUCUUGUUUUAGUUGUGGAACAAGUAGAUAACAGCGCGUCUUUGUACGCCUGUUCAAUUCAAGGCCACCAUUUGUGUGCUCUUGUGAAGCAGUUACCGGUGAGUGCUUGUGAUAUUCUAUAUCAUAAUCUCAUGUCUCUAACGCAGUGCUAGUCAGCCUCUUGUGCUGACUUUACCUCAACUGUACUAAAACAGCAUUGACAGGGACGUUUAACCUUAGGACGCGCGUCUCUCUGCCCACAGAAAGAUUUGAGACUUCCCAGUCCUAAAUUUUCAAGCAUUUUUCUGCUUCAAACUUAUGUUCAAUUGACUAACUCUCCUUGCUGACUCCCUGAUGUUUUUUUUUUAUCCUCUUAUCGAGAAUCAAACGUUGCAUCAGGAUAGUAUUAUGAUUGAAUUUUAUUCUGGACACUUUUGGUCGUCUUUGGUGUCGUUUUUUUGAGCAUGUCACGCAACACUUGUCGUUGCGUGACAUCCCUGGAAAAAGAAGAAAAGAGGUGACCAAGGUUCUUGUUAAGUUAGCGUAACGAGAAAUUAAUAGCUGAUAAAGAUGGUUUCGUUCCUUUUCAGGAUCACUCUGUGUCUGUUGACGGUAAGAGCACAGAUUCAUCUCUUGUGUCCAGCGUCCUGGAAGAAAUAAAAGCGCUUUUACAGGCGCCGGCAUGACAUUUCGAGCGGCGUUAACAAAUAUGAUAUUCAGAGACGUACUGUACAAUCAAUGAAAUGAAUCACCAUGUCCUGCACGACAUACAAAGUGGCUGAGAGACUGGGCCGCACCAGAUGAAUCACGAUUUAAUUGUUAUAACAAGGGAACAUAACAGUUAACUAAUUUCAAUGACGAUUUUAAACCGUUUUCACUGAAUUCUUUUGGGUAUUUUGCAUACAUGAUGAUAUCUGGUAGCUUUACAAUAGAUAAAUGGAGAGAAAUAAGAUUUCGGGAAAAUGAAUUCGUUGCUAACAGACAUGGUGUUGCGUUCGUAAGACGUUGCGUUGCGUAACUUCUGCAAUUUUCAAUGGAUUUUUGAAUGGAAAGUGUGAUCAUCUGGGACUGCAUUAGUUAUGCUUUACAAACCUCUGUAAUUCGUCCAGAAAACUCACGCGCCAUCCUUUUAACCAAUCAGAUGCAAAUCAGGCGCAUCAGGCAGUCAGCUCGUGUUUUUGGUUGAGUUCUCUUAGCUAAAUUUAAUUGUUGGCUAUAAUUACUUUGGUUUUGCCUUUGGUUUUGCUUUUGCUUCUCCGAGACUCGAGAACUUUAACCUUUUAUGUGACCCGUCAACUCCUAAGAUCUGGUUAUGUUUUUUUUUCUAGAUGAUAUACAUUUAACAUUUAAAUUACUUGGUUAAUGAGAGGAUAUUUGUGGUAUCCUGAUACUAGAGGUAAUACCUCCCUGCGGAUAAGUCUGCGGAUGAGUUUUAGUGAUACUGAAAGAUGUUACUUACAAAACACUUCACGGAGUUGGUGGUUUAUUCGUAGCAGUAUGAAAUAAUACAAAUUAAUAUUGGAAAUUUUGCAAAACCAUUUACCACUCAGAAAUGGGGAAAGGCGAAAACAGACGGACCUUUCAGUUAAAAAUUCUUUCAAGAUAUGUAUGUAGCUCUAGUGUAACAAAUAACAAACUUCACCUUCCUAGACAAUAAUAAAAAUAAGAGUUUCUGGUUAUGUUACGUUGCUUAGACAAUCGUGCCUUUUUCUCUUGUCACUUUUUGCCAG